AUGGUAAUAGCCAACGUGACGAGCGACGUGUUCGUCCGCUCCGCCACUGCCCAGACCAUCGCCGGGCUAUUUACAUGGGCUGCACUUUUCAUAACUUCUCAUCAGAUCUAUCAACAUCUACGUUGGUAUUCUUGCCCGACCGAACAACGAUGGAUCGUUCGGAUUUUAUUUAUUGUCCCGAUCUACGCAUUUGAUUCGUGGCUAUCCCUCGUCUUCUUCCAUAACAACGUCUAUAUUUACUUCAAUUCGAUUAGGGAUUGCUACGAAGCUUUUGUGAUCUAUUCCUUCCUUUCGUUGUGCUAUGAAUACCUCGGUGGCGAAAGCAACAUUAUGGCGGAAAUCAGAGGAAAGCAGAUCAAACCAACAAACUAUUGGACGUGCACUUGCUGCCUGGCUGGCAAACAAUAUUCCAUCCAAUUCCUACGGUUUUGCAAGCAGGCAACGCUUCAAUUCUGCUUCAUCAAGCCGUUGAUGUCACUGCUUACCAUCGUUUUGCAGCCAAUGGGGAAAUACGAAGAAGGAAACUGGAGUGCUGACCAAGGAUAUGUGUGGAUCUCAUUUGCCUACAACUUUUCGAUUUCUUUGGCUCUAUACGGAUUGUUCCUCUUCUAUACGGCUACACGCGAUCUGCUCUCCCCCUACUCCCCGGUGCUGAAGUUCUUGACGGUGAAAAGUGUGAUUUUCCUCUCAUUCUGGCAAGGCUUCAUGCUGGCCGUAUUGGGUGCGUUCGGAGCCAUCGACCCGGUGACAUUGGCAAAUGGUAGUGAGAUUUCGGUCGGAACGAUUGCUGCUGGAUACCAAAACUUCUUCAUCUGCAUCGAAAUGUUCUUCGCUGCGAUCGCGCUGCGUUUUGCGUUUUCAGUUACGGUAUAUGCUGAUGCUCAAUCAGCUUCUUCCAACGACGGCCGCCAAGUGACACUCCAAUCCAUCUCCUCCUCACUCCGCGAAACAAUGAACCCUAAAGACAUUAUGCAAGAUGCUAUCCACAACUUCCACCCUCAAUACCAACAAUAUACUCAGCACUCGAACGAUCAGCGCCCGGGCGAUCCAUCGGUAUCGACCUCGUCGGCCGUCACAAUUACGGCACCAACACAGACGAUCAGCAUUCCAUCGGUAUCACCAAGGGGGGAAGAGGAUCCGUGGAUGAUGGGCUCUUCUGGAUCAACGGGUGGCCAACCAAGACGUGGAUACAGCGCCCUG